AUGCCCCCCAAAGUCUUCAUAACAGGAGUUACAGGCUACAUCGGUGGCGACUUCUUGCAUCUCGUCUCAGAGAAGAAACCUGAGUGGGAAAUCACUGCCCUAGUGAGGAACAGCGACAAAGGGGCCAAAGUAGUGGCAGUGUACCCCAAGGUGAGACUGGUAUAUGGAGAUCUCGAUGCUGUCGAUGUGAUUGAGGACACGGCAGCAAACAAUGACAUUAUUUAUCACUUUGCCAAUUGUGACCAUGAGGCCUCGGCAGUCGCCAUCGCAAAGGGACUUGGUCGCCGCGACCGUCCUGGCUCUGGAUUCUGGAUCCAUACUUCUGGAACCAUGAUACUUGCUCAUGAAACAAUCAGCAAGGCCGAGUGGGGGAACCGCCACGACAAAGUGUACAAUGACUGGGACAAUGUUGCUGAGUUGACCUCUCAACCAGACCAUGCCGCCCACCGCAAUGUCGACAAGAUAGUAUUAGCUGCUGGAUCUAACAAGGUCAAGACCGCUAUUGUGUGUCCUCCCACCAUCUAUGGUCCUGGUCGAGGCCCUGACAAUCAACGAUCGGUCCAAAUUUAUGGAGCGGCAGAGGGAUUCCUGAAGCACCAGAAAGCGUUCAAGAUUGGCAAGGGGGAGAAUGUGUGGCACUACAUUCAUGUGCAUGAUUUGAGCAACCUCUACCUUCUGCUGGGGGAGGCAGCGGCGAACGGAGGACCUCCAGCCACCUGGAACGACCAGGGAUAUUAUCUGGCAGAGAAUGGGUCUUUUGUAUGGGGUGAGGUGUUGCAGGCCAUUGCAAAAAUUGCUUACAAGAAGAAGCUCCUCCCUAGCGAUGAGCUGGAAAGCUAUGGUGGAAAUGAGGCUGAAAAGUCGUUUUGGCAAUAUGCGACAGGGACUGAUUCGCAGGGAGUAUCGAUUCGAGGGAAAAGAUUGCUGGGGUGGUCUCCUAGCAAGAGAUCCAUUCAGGAAGAGUUGUCAGAUGCAGUGGACAGCGAAGCGCGGCGUCUCGGACUGAUCAAGAGCCAUGCUCAAACUGUAGAGGAAGAGUAGGAUGAGCUGGGAACGAGGUAAUUGAACUGAAUGAG